GACACCUCGAUUUCAAGCUCCAUCAAUCGACCUCUGAUCCAUCUCACCUCACAUCACAUUCAUCAAAAUGGCCUCUUCUCUCCGCAUGGCUGCCCCCAAGAUGGCCUCUUUGGCCGCUCAGAGCUCCGUCAAGGUCGCUCGCCCAAUGAUGAAGCCAGCGCAGCUCAACAAGUUCGCCCGUGCCUACUCCGGUGUCGCCGCCCGCCAGACCUCUGCCUUCAACACCAUGAAGCGCACCUCCACCCUCAUGAACUCCGCCCGCACCCAGGUCUCCACCCAGGCCAAGCGUGCCUACUCCUCUGAGAUGGCCAACGCCCUCGUCCAGGUCUCCCAGAACAUCGGCAUGGGUUCCGCUGCCAUCGGUCUCGGUGGUGCCGGUAUCGGUAUCGGUCUCGUCUUCGCCGCUCUCCUCCAGGCCGUUGCCCGCAACCCAUCUCUCCGUGGCCAGCUCUUCUCAUACGCCAUUCUUGGUUUCGCUUUCGUCGAGGCUAUCGGUCUCUUCGAUCUCAUGGUUGCCAUGAUGUGCAAGUACGUCUAAGCUUUGGAGCUUCCGAUUUCUUGAUGGAGCGAUUGGCAUUGUAACAGUAUGGGGUGUCGAAUUGCAUACAUCGAUAGACUCUUUGGGGACUUUGGGUGGGGAUUGGGAGGGU